GGAUACUGGAUAGCGGAAACCCUAGCGAGAGGUCAGAAACUUCAAGAUGUCGGUUGUUGGUCUAACGUCCUUGGGCAGAUGCGGUGCUGUGGCUAUCCGUUCCUCUGUUGGAAUGGUGACGGUCAGGUAUGCUCAGACAGCCGCUGCCCCAGCCUCUCAGCCCAGAAUCAAGAAGUUCCAGGUGUAUCGCUGGGACCCAGACACAACAGGAGAUAAACCUCGCAUGCAGACCUAUGAAAUUGACCUCAACACCUGUGGGCCCAUGGUCCUUGAUGCUCUCAUCAAGAUCAAGAAUGAGAUGGAUUCCACACUGACCUUCCGCCGCUCCUGCAGAGAAGGUAUUUGUGGAUCCUGUGCAAUGAACAUCAAUGGGGGCAACACACUGGCCUGUCUAAACAAGAUUGACACCAACACCAGCAAGGUCUCCAAGAUCUACCCUCUGCCUCAUAUGUAUGUGGUGAAGGAUCUGGUGCCUGACAUGAGCAACUUCUAUGCCCAGUACAAGUCUAUUGAACCUUACCUGAAGAAGAAGGACGAGGCCAAUGAAGGGAAAGAGCAGUACCUGCAGACAGUGGACGACAGACAAAAACUGGAUGGGCUUUAUGAAUGUAUCCUGUGUGCAUGCUGCAGUACAAGCUGUCCCAGCUACUGGUGGAACGGAGACAAGUACCUGGGACCUGCUGUCCUCAUGCAGGCCUACCGCUGGAUGAUCGACUCGAGAGACGAGUUCACAGAGGAGCGUCUGUCCAAGCUCCAGGAUCCCUUCUCCCUCUACCGCUGUCACACCAUCAUGAACUGCACUAAGACCUGCCCCAAGGGCCUGAACCCUGGCAAGGCCAUAGCAGAGAUUAAAAAGAUGAUGGCCACCUACAAGGAGAAGAAGUCUGCUGCUGUCUAGAUGCAGGCUCGUCAUCCUGGACUCACCCCAUCCUCUGCUUCUUUAAAUUAUGCUCUUAAUUCAUGAAAGAGAAGCCCAGUGAGGUCUGGUGGGCCUGCACACCUGUCAACUCAACACCACUGCACUCCAGCACCAGGGACACUGGACUCAGAGGGAAAUAGUUGCCUCAUUGAUUUGAGAAUGUGUACGGUUUAUGGUGUGUUCGUUGUGUGUGAGAGUGAAUGCUUGUGUGUUUUGAGACAUGACCUGCAGAAUUUGAAAUGAAAGGCGCAUUCCUUGGUUCAUGGCCAUUGUUUGAUUGUGUGUGUGUGUGGAUGUUUGCGUGUGUGUUUAAGUUCAGAGAGUGAUGUGGGUUCACGGACAUCAAAAAUGUGUAUGAUUAUGCUCUGCUUAUAUAAUAUAGUAAUGGCAGUCUUUGUUUGAAUAUAUAAUAAAUACAUGACUGUAAUGCCGGCGA